CCGCGCCCGCAACAUGUUAAGUUUACCUUGUUUUAGGUGUAUUUGGCAUUGACAUUAGUCUUCUACUUAAACUGCCUAUUUUUGAUGCUACAGCCAUGGCCGCCGCGAUGCCGUCUGUAGUCGUAGUGAAACAAGAGGCUAGCGCUCGCUCCUGCGCCACGCGCAAGCGCAGCAACCCGGUGAAGUGCGUGCGCGUGGCUCCGCCGCAGAGCGUCACGACGACCUACUACCGCUGCACCGCCUGCAGCGAGUGUUUCUUUUCCGACGACGCGUUCGUGCGCCACGCGAAGACGGUCCACUGCAAGGUCCUCGUCAGCCAGGGGCAGGAUCCCGACGCCGACGCCGACGACAGCGGCGGAUACCCAGGGGGCGCCGCCGCCUCGGGCGCGCACGGAUACUUGAACGGCGACUUGAACCCGUACCUGUGUGCGAUCGUCGCUGCCGCCGACGACUCCGCGGCGACGACGCACGGUUACUACGGCGACGGCGACGCGGGCGCGGGUUUCGAUGGCGGCACGCGCUCCUCCGGGGCCCCGCUCGAGCCGCAGCUGCGCGCCGCCAUGUUUUCGAACGCGUUCGUCAAGGCGGAGGACGCCGAAGCUUCUGAUUCCUGCCAGCAGGUGGCGUCGACGGCAGAUGGCGGCGGCGCGUGGCCGUGGGUGUCGGACUGUAGCGGUCUGUCCGCCGGCGGCUGGGGCAACGAGCAAGAAAACCUUGACACCUCUGUCGCUGCCGAAGGAGGAGGAGGGGGAGGUCAUGCGGAGGUUGGGGCGCAGGGGGCGCCGCCGCUGCCGGCGCAGGCAGACGUGGGAAAUCCCGUUCUUCCGGACGCGGGUUUCCCGGACGGCGGGAUAACGCUCGACGCAUCGGCCGCGCUCGAGAUCUGGGGCUACUCAAGCGACGCGGAUGCCGACGACACGCAGAGCCUCCUGGCGGCGGUGGUCGCGUACGACGACGACGGCGAUGACCCGCAGGACCUGAGUCUUAGACGGGCGCCGGCGCUGAGCAUCACUCGUCCGCUGCACAUCGCCAAGCGGCCGCGCCUCGCGUCGACGAUCAAGGAGGAGGUCUCGGACGCGGCGGGCGGGUCACCCGAGGUCCCUCCGGUCGAGGCGGAGGUCGCCACGCCCCCGCCGGCCGCCGCUAACGGCCCGCAGGGGGCGCCGGCGGCGGCGGAGAGCAACCCGCUGUCGUGCAAGCUGUGCGCCGGCGUGUUCUCGCAUCCGGGCCUCCUGAAGCGGCACAUGAACACGAACCACAGCGACAACGUUCCCGUGCACGCGUGCGCUCGCUGCGGCGCCGCGUUCCGCUGGUCGGGCACGCUGCGCGCGCACAUGCGCAGUCACCUUGCCGACUCGUCGUCGAUGCCGCACCGCUGUGAGACGUGCGGCGCGACGUUCAAGAUCGCGCAGCAGCUCGACAGCCACCGGCUCGUGCACACGAGCGAGCGUCCGUGGAGCUGCGACACGUGCGGAGCGACGUUCUCCCGCCAGAGCACGCUGUACGUGCACAAGCGCAUCCACACGGGCGUGAAGCCGUACAAGUGCGACCUGUGCGGGAAGGCGUUCACGCAGCACAGCGCGAUGAAGGGACACCGGCGCAUACACACGGGCGAGAAGCCGUUCCGCUGCGAGACGUGCCCGAAGGCCUUCACGCAGCUGAGCGCGCUGAAGAACCACCGGCGCGUCCACACGGGCGAGCGGCCCUACAAGUGCCGCACGUGCAACGCCGCCUUCAAGGACUCCUACGGACUGCUGCACCACGAGAAGGUGCACGCGGCGGCGACGGACGAAAACGGCGCGGCGUCGAGCGGAGAGGGCGCCGGCGCGUCGGCCGUCGCCGUGCCGACGACGCCGGCGCGUCGCGGGGGGACGGACGAGCGACCGUUUGGCUGCGAGACGUGUGGCGCGACGUUUUCGUACCACGCGAAUCUGAUCGUGCAUCGGCGCGUGCACACGGGCGACAAGCCGUACAAGUGCGACUUCUGCGGCAAGGCGUUCUCGCAGAGCGGCACGCUGACGGCUCACCGGCGCAUCCACACGGGCGAGCGGCCGUACCGCUGCGACAUCUGCGGGCAGGGUUUCACGCAGCGCAGCGGGCUGAAGGCGCACCAGAACAUACACAACCGCGUCGCCAACGCCUAGGACGCGGCGGCGUCAACGCCUAGGACGCGUCGCCAACGUCUAGGGCGCGGCGCCACUGUCUAGGACGUGGCGCCAACGUCUAGGGCGCGGCGGCGCGAGGCGUUCUCUUGUCUUCAUGCAGUGCAGCGGGCUCAAGGUGCACCAGAACAUACACAACCGCGUCGCCAAUGUCUAGGACGCGACGGCGCGGAGCCGCGAAGCGUUCUCUUGUCUUCCGGCGGCGCGGAGGAGGACGCGCGCUCGUCUUCCCCUCGUGCGUGGACGACUUCGUCGACGCGAGCGAUGCUCUCUUGUCUUCCGCCGGCGCGCUGACGUUUUAAACGCCGCCAGCGGACGCACGGCGCCCUCUAUCGUCUUCCGUGAGCUCCUCGACGCCGCACGUGGCGCCAUCUAUCAUCUUUCUCUGCGAGCGAGCGAUUGUCCUCGCGGGGCGGCGUUUUCGUAUGGGCUAGGGUCGUCGCCGAAGGUGAUGUUUACGCCCCCUGGUAAUGGCCAUUUCUAUCCAAUGUUUAGUGCUUUCAUGAGUGACGGUACUUAAAUCUUAACGGGCGCCCCCGCACGGCCGACGGCGAGCGCCAGCGCCGGCCGCCUGGUGCCCGGCGCCGAAUCUACGCGGAGAGAAAUAAUCUCGCCGGAGGUAAUAUUUAUACUAUUUAAAAAGCCAUUUUACAAUUUACUAUGCAACUGUGGAAAUCGUCGCGAAAAAUUGCGAGAAAAUGAAUGAACGUAGUGCAGUUACAUAGUAGAGACGUGUUGUGAUAUGUACAUGUAUCCAGCCAUUUAUAUUUUGAUGUCUAUUUAUCUUUUUAUCGCGUAGAUCGGGAGUGUAUACGUGUUUCUGUGUGUAGUAUCUCCGCUUCUAAAGCCGGAGCCGUAGCGUAGUAGUAGCAUGGCGUCGUCGUUGUUGUUGUCGUGCCGCGCGCAUCUGUCCAAUUGAUCUUGUAUUCGCGUAUUAUCUGUUGUGGGGAAUACGAGGAGCGACCUUGGGACGCGACCUUGCAAGGUGACCUUGCGAGGCGACGGUGGGAACGAUAACGCAUAGCGUAUCGUCUUGGCCCUCCCUCUUCCUACGUCCCCGAUUUCUCGAAUCUCAUCUCGUGCAUUCACGAGCCGUGAAACAGUGACAGUGAGCCGUGACAGCGAUGGUGACAGUGACAGUGACGGUGUGACAGACGUCGUCGUGUGACGUGUGUCUCGUACUCGGCCCCACGCGCUCGACGUAUUUUUGUGCAGCGAGGUACGUGUUCAGUCGACGACGCGACUGUAUGCAUGCGUGCGUGAGGGAUUCGAAUGCAAGAGGUAUUUAUAAUUGCUUGUGGCCCGUCGUCGUAGUUGUUCCGUGGGUGUCUGUCUAGCGUAGGACGUUUCGCGGCGACAGUGUCCGGUUUAUGAAACCCCGACGCUCGCGCCGCGACGUGCACUUAGUCGACAGUAGAAUCGUAAUUUUUGUCGUCGCUAAAGUCGUAGCUAUGCAGUAGUAGGUUUUUGGUGACGACGGGAGGAGUAGAUUGAUGUUUGUGACGGUAACGAAGAGUGACUUGGAGCGAGUCGAUGUUGUGAAGUGACGGUACGUGUCGAACCGAGUACGUAUUUGUACACGUACGUACGUGCGUGCGCGUAUACAUACAUACAUACCGGGCGUAAAUAAUUGCAAACAUCAUUUGUGAUUAUUUACUCCUGAUACAUACAUACAUACAUACAUACAUACACACACACAUAUAUAUAUAUAUUAUAUAUUAUAUAUUAUACAAACUUACACGUUUAUGUGUACGUGCGUACGUAGCUAGUAUGUGUCCACGUUUCGUGUUUAGCGUACGAUCAGGAGUAAUUAGUGGUAAAGAACAGUGUAUGAGUACAAGUGUAUGAGUGGCGUUCUCUGUACUUGCCUUCGAUGGAGCGGCGCAUGCUUCCACGAUUCUGGGGGGGGGGGGCGGUCUCCGAUUGAUUGAUCGUCAACAGAUCUAUGCAUUUAUGUGUGAGGCCACGCUCAAAACAUCUCCCGUUCGCCAACGAUUGUCGCGGUUGUCGCGACAAGUCAACUUCUCUUGGAAGUUCAUUCCCAAGAAACUUGGUAAACGAAGUGCAAUGUAAGUAAAAAGGUAAAUGAUGUGCAUCUGAUUAUUAUGUGUAUAUGAACUCUGUAUGCUCACACAUGUAUAUGUAUAUAUACAUAUACAUAUAUAUAUAUAAAUAUAAAUAUUUAUAUAUGUAUAUACAUACGACAUCUACGACAAUGGCGAAUGCGGCAAGGUUUUUCCCCUACACUUCUGAACCCUUAGGGUCGUGUUGUGGCAAACGGGACGGGACGUCGUUUUGAGGGUGGCCCGGUGUGUUUGGUGCAAUGCCUCCUGUGCGGCGGCCACUUCUCAACCGAAGUCAUUGUCUUUGUCCCUUCGGCGAUUCGCGUCGCUCCGAGCGACAGAUCCGGGUGAAUAUUUUUUUGGGGGAAAGCAAGUUUAGCGCGGUUGCUCGAUAUGCUAAGCGAGGGCGCCACCGGCAGAUGAACGUGAUCUUCGCGAUUCCGCGUCUCAUGCCUCCUCUUCCCCUGCCGCCGCCUUCCUUCCACGAUUCUGCGAUCCCGCGUGGGCGGUCUUUUCUCUCCUCCACCACUGCCAUCACUACCAGCACCCCCUCCCUUCCCCUGGCGUCGCGGCCGGGGCAAUGGAGUCUCCCCCGCAAAACGCGAACACCAUUGCUUGCUUCGUGAUUCCACAAAAGGGAAGAUUUUGUCGAGGGAUCCCCCCCUCCUCCCCUUUGCCCUUCCUUAGUUAUUAAAUUUUUGGAACAUUUAUUAAACUCUAUUAAUGAAACAUUGUUUUUGCGAGGCACCCACCCGCGUUCGAAUCCCCCCGCGCGUGCGCGAGAGACAGUUUUAUAUGUACUGUAUUGCGUAUACGUCUUAUUUAAUUUACCGAUUUUAAACUCGCGAGAGAGAGUCACCACGACCGAGAGUAGAUGUUUACAUAACUCGUUUUUGCGAGAGAGAGAGAGGGUGGGAAAGAGAGAGAGAGGGAAGACGCGAUUGAAAUGGGCCUCUGACAACGAGGUGUUGAGAAUGACUGACGUUCUAGCAGGAGGUAAACGCUAGCUCCUGGAGAGGCAGUAGCCGAAACCAUGGCGACCGUACCCCCGCUCUUCUUUCUUCCCCCUCUUCUCACUCGGCUGGAUAUUCGGAUUUGUAUUCGAUUUCGGAUUCGAGUUCGUUCAGUUAAACGGAAAAUCACUCUCUGACGGCGCGCGCGACAGUUAAAAAUAGACCCGAAUUUUGUUUGUUUGGCGACGUCUCAUAGGUCGCUGUAACUCGUUCCUUUACUGAGCGUAUCUGUACUUUGUGGUCAGUCCUCCUCCCUCCUCCGCCUCCGCCGCCCGCCAAAAAUCCUUUUGAUGAAAGCGGGCGACUUUCGAAUGAAAUUGCGAAAGGCUUUUUGAAAGGUAGUCGUCUCUCGUUAUUGUACGCGGUACCUUUUUCAAGGCCGUCUGUUUUACCUGUGAAUGAUUAGUGAGUCUGGAUUGCCCUCCCCCCCCCCAGCGCCCCGUGCUUAUAUACUGAUUGCUUUUUAAUUACAGGAGCUUCGACAAUCACGAGCGAAGUAUUUUCUUUUAUAUGUGGCCAGUAUUUUUUGGUACACCACGAUAUUUCUUUGGGAUUUCUUUUUUUUGUAUGUUUUUACAGAACAAACAAUGCUAUGUUUACACGAAUCGAA